CGGGCCGCGGCCGCGGAGGGCGCGGGCGCUGCGCUGCGCGGCGCCCGCGCCGCGGCGCUGGGCCGCGCGUCGGAGCUGAUCAAGGAGGGCGGGCGUCCGCGCUGAAGUCGGGGCUGCUGCUGACGGUGUCGGCCCAGCUGGCGGCGAACCCGUUUGCUAAGGUCGUCGAGCUGAUCGAGGGCCUCCUCGCCCGCCUGAAGGCAGAGGCUGCGUCCGAGGCGGACCACAAGGCGUACUGCGACGAGGAGCUCAAGAGCAACGAGAAGAGGAGGAACAAACACCAGGCGGCGGUGGCGCGGCUGACGGCCGAGGUGCAGGAGAAGAGCGUCGGCCUCGACGACAUGGCAGAGGACCCGGAUCAAGACCCUGGCCGAGGAGCAGGCCGCCCUGGCACAGGACAUGGCCCAGGC